ACCUCUAGUCCGGUAGCAUGUGGAUGUUUUCAUCCGAGCACGCGUGUAUGGUUUCUGACUGACGCUACAAUUGUUUCAGCCUGUGAUUUUGUGCUACUUAAACGUUUAAUAUGGCAAAAACAGACGCUACGAGACGGAGAAAAAAACAGAGCAAAGUUGUACAAGAGGACACAGCUGACACUGAUCCUCAGACGAACACUGUGAUAAAAGUUAAAGGAAAUGCCCCCACAGUAACUGUAUCCUGGAAGAAGAAGAAUGAGGAAGGAGAGGAUGAUGACGCACAAACAACACUUGAUGCAAGCGAUCAGAUGACUGCCAGAAAGAUGACUGGUUGUGUAAAUGGGAAACAAAAAGCAGUUAAGAAUCGCCCAUCCAAGAAAUCUAAGGUCAACAACGAUGGAUUUCGUAUUUGUGUUGGCAACCUGAACAAAUCUAAAACAUAUCAAGAAGUCAACGAGUCACUAGAAAAAUACUUCAUGUCACAAAGCCUUCUGUUUCAAGACAUCCAAUUAGACCAAUCCAGGAAACAUGCUUUUGUAGAUUUGGCCACAGAAAUGGACUUGACAAAAGCGUUGGCAUUAAAUGGAGAGAUGCUUCUCGAUAAGCCAAUGAAAAUCACCAAAGUAAAGAUCACAAGUGAGGACAAGGCGAAGGUGAAAGCACGCUCACUGGACAAAAAAGUAAAUGGUAAAAGGAAGGCAGACCCCGUCAUUGAGGAUUCCCCAUCGAAGAAAGCAAAGCUCAUCAAUGAAGGAUUUUGUCUUUUCGUUGGUAACCUCAACAGCUCUAAAAAUUCUGAAGAACUGAAAGAGUCACUAGAAAAAUAUCUCAUGUCACAAAGUCUUCUGUUCCAAGACAUCAGAUUGGACCGAUUCAGGAAACAUGCAUUUGUAGAUUUGCUCUCAGAAAUGGACCUGAAUAAAGCCUUGACAUUAAAUGGGGAGGUGCUGCUCGAUAAACCAAUGAAGAUCGCCAAAGCAAAGAUCAAAAGUGCAGAAAAAGUGAAGGUGAAAUCUCCUGAACUAAAAAAGCAAGCCAGAGAUGCCAGAUGUUUGUUUGUAAAGAACUUGCCUUACAACGCAACGAAGGAAGACAUUCUGAAGAUCUUCCACAAGGCCAUUGCCAUCCGGUUUCCUGGUGGAACUGAAGGCCCAACCCAAGGAAUUGCCUUUUUGGAGUUCAAAAACACAGGCAUUGCUAAGAAGGUACAGAAGCAAAAACAAGGAGUGACGAUCCAAAAGAGGGUUUUGAUUUUGAACCGUGUAGGAGAAAAAAGUGUACGUAGAGUCACUAAAGCUGAUGUGGAAAACAAAAGGAAAAAAGAUAAAAAGGCCUUGCAAUCAUCCCAAAAUAUUGAGGCCGGCAAAAAAGAAGACACAGAAGAAUCGUGUGAAAAGCCAGAGAAAACGAAGGUCCUGUCAAAAACACUGAUCGUCAUGGGCCUCGCUGAGAAGACAAGUCCAGAGACGCUCAAAAGUGUCUUUGAAGGAGCCGUCAACGCAAGAGUCACUGUAAAUAAGAAAGACGUUUCAAAGAGGUUCGGCUUUGUGAACUUUGGCAGUGAUGAAAGUUGCAAAGCUGCCAAAGAGGCCAUGGAGGACUGCGAGAUAGAUGGCUGCAAAGUGACUAUCGCUUACGCAUAUCCCAAGGGUAAAAAAAGUCGGCGAGCCUAAGGACGCUUGGAGGGGGAUCCCGAUGGAAAGUCUGCAGGUCUGUAAGCUGGCAAAGAAGGAGGAAAGUUGACAGGUGGAAGAGCGAGGACAGGAGGAAAGACUUAACCUACUGCCUUACAAAAUGCUCAUUACGGAGAGGUCAGCAGAGACUAUAGUGUAGACUGUGUGGUCACACAGAGGGAUGAAGUCCCCUUUAGCUUCACUGAAGCGCUUUACUGUCUUUUACUUCAUUGUUUUGUUUUUGUUUUGCUUCUUUGCUCAAACCUUGAAUUAAAUCCACUGUAGUCCACAGAGAUUUUCUUCUUGUUUGUUAGUGAAUACAACUUGAUGAUGCUAUCUUCACUUUGGGUUAGAUUUUCUACACCGACAUGAAAAUUAUGUAAAGAAUAACAAAAAAGUUGGGUCACUGUGUAAAAUGUAAGCAAAAAAAUAAAAUCCAAUGAUUUUCAAAUCUCUUAAAUCUAUAUUUUAUUCAGAGUAGAACAAUUCAGUUCAGUUUUAUUUGUAUAUAUUGCAGAAUCACAACAACAUAGAAAAAGAACAUAGAAAACAUGUCAAAUAUUUAAACUUUAUCAUUUUAAGAAAGAAAAAUCAUUUUGAGUUUGACCGCAGCAACAUGACAUGCUCGUGUUUACCACUGUGUAGCAUCCCGUCUUCUUUAAGCAUCUGGGAACUGAGGAGACCAGCUGCUAAAUUUGGGAGAAGAAUGUCGUCCUAUUGUUGUCUCAGUGAUUGUAGCUGCUCAACAGGCCAGUUCAGAUCGCUACUAUGGAGCUGUGCUGCUGUAAUAGAUGCAGCAUGUGCUUUAACAUCAUCUUGCUUAAGUAUGCAAGACUUUACCUGAAAAACACGUCUUCUGGAUUGGAGCACAUGUUGCUCUAAUACCUGUAUAUAGCUCUCAGCAUUGAUGAUGCCGUUCCUGAUGUGCAAUCUGGCAGUUCCAUAGGCACUAAUGCACCCCCAUACCAUCAGAGAUUCAGGCUUUUGAACUAAGUUGGAUGGUUCCUCUCCACUUUAGUCUGGAGUACAGCUUUCAUAUUUUCCAAACAGAGCUGAGGUUCAGCUCAGAGAAGACGACAGUAGUGCCGCCUGAGGUCCAUCCACAGAUGGUGUAUUAUAGUUUGCACACACAGAGAUUUCUCCAGAUUAUUUUCAAGCUAUUAUGUAUUGAUGAGAUAUUUAAAGAAUAGAGAAUUUCAGAAUGGUGAACCUCUGCCCGUCUUUACUUCUGAGAACUUCUGCCUCUCUAAGAUACUCUUUUUAAAUGCAGUCAUGUUACUGACCUGCUGCUGAUUAACACAAUUCAUUUUAAAUUGUUCCUCCAGGUGUUUCUUUUUAGUACCGCUUAAUCUUUUAGCCUCUUGUUGCCCUUAUCCAACUCUUUUAAAACAUGUUGCUCCCAUAAAACUCAAAAUGACAUCAUUUUGCACUUGGUGCUCACUAUGAACCAACUUUGUUUCAGACAAUCAUUCUGUGCGUCCUUCUGAUGAUCUGAUGACUUUUACAGGCUUUAACAAGCGCUGUGCUUGCUGCUGGGUUCAGCAUUCUGAGGGAAGGACAGAGCAAAGCAGGCAAAGCUUUAGUAGAUCUGCAGAGCUUUUUGGAGUAACACUAACAAAUUUAAGCUGUUUACACACAUUGCUGACCUGCAACAAGCUACAUGACUGAGCUGUGCCCAGGUUGCACUUUGCUUGGUGCUGGGACAGACUGCUGUGGCACAGCGAAAAAUGGCAUUGCACAACAUGUGCCAGACUACAAAUCUGCAGAAUCAUAUGUAGAUAUAUUCAAGACAACAGACUAAAGCUCUAAAAAGUUAUUCA